ACUUAACCCACUGUGCCACAAAAACAGAGCCUGGCUGGCACUGUGGCAUAGCGAGUAAAGCCUCCACCUGCAGUGCUGGCAUCUCAUAUAGGCGCCUGUUUAAGUCUUGGCUGCUCCACUUCCAAUCCAGCUCCCUGCUAUGGCCUGGGAGAGUAGUAGAGAUGGCCCAAGUCCUUAGACCCCUGCACCCACGUGGGAGACCCUGAAGAAGCUUCUGGGUCAGAUCAGCCCAGUUCUGGCCAUUGCAACCAUUUGGGGAGUGAACCAGCAGAUGGAAGACCUCAAUCUCUUUCUGCCUCUGCCUCUAUGAACUCUGCCUUUCAAAUACAUAAAUAAAAAUCUUUAAAAAAAAUCCCCUGUAAAAAUGCAUUUUAUGGGUUAGCAUUUGGCUCAGCGGUAAAGAUGCCGCUUGGGAUCGCACUGUUCCGGAUCAGAGUGACUGGUUUGAUUUCCGGCUCCAUUUCCGAUUGCAGCUUCCCGCUAAUGUGUAGUCUGGGAGGCAUCAAAUAUGACUCAAGUGCUUUGGGUCCCUGCCACCCAUGGGGGAAGCCUGGAUGGAGUUCCAUGUUCCUGACUUUGGUCUGGCCCACCUUUGGCUGUUGAGAGCAUUUGAGGAGUGAACCAGAGGAUGGAAGAUCUCUGUCUCUCUGCUUUUCAAAUAAAAUGGCAAUACGUUUUAAAAAUCUUUUAAAUGCAUUUCAUGUAAUGGGCACUUUGUGGGUUCUCAAGAAAAGCUAGAGGAAUGGUGACUAAAAUAGCAAGGGAAUGUGUCUUCUGGUGGGUUGUAAGUCCAUGUAGAAGGUUCUGGACAAAGCAGAUCUCUGCUGGGUGUCUUUCUGUCAUGGAAAUCAAAUAUGAGUAAGUCCAAACUUCUCCAUCAGCUGAGCUCACUCGUUUGCCAAAUCACCCAAGUCAACACUCCCAAAGCAAAACAGGUUCCAGAAAAAGUCCCUGGAAGGUCACCCCUUUGUCUGCCAUCAGCUUGCUUCUCCUAUUCCCCUCAUUACAGAAAUCCUAGCGCAGCGCUAAGAUCUGAGCGAGCAAUGAGUGGAGCCAGGGAGAGGGGAAGUCGGUCAACUUUUGGUCACACAGGACCCUUGGAGGCUUGUUCUGGGUAAUGAGCUGGACUUCUUGCACCUCAGAAGGUGGGAGAACCACAUCCUGGUCUCACCUACCCACUCACCCACUCUUUCGAUAUCAGCCACCUAAGCUGCACCCUGCCCCUCAGCCUAAAGCACCAGCCCACAAGCUGCCCUGCUUCCUAGAGUCCCACAGAGCUGGGUGAGCAGCGCCCUUGCUCCCAGAAGCGUGCACUUGAUGCCCAACAUCCCUGCAAGUCCUUGGCAAGUGUUGUGUGAGACGUGUUUGUAAUAGGAAGUUCCCCAGCUCCGCCUGCUGACCCCAGGCGUGACCACAUCAAGACCUCACGGCGCAGCUCCCCCUCGCCGACGGGCGCACCGACAUGACCUGGAUGCUGGUGCUCAUCUUCAUCACGGCCCACCCAGGAUGCUGUGCCCUCUGGGUAUCCCAGCCCCCUGAGAUUCACACUGAGGAGGGUGCUGCUACCACCCUGCCCUGCAGCUUCAACGCCUCCCAGGGGAGACCAGCCAUUGGCUCCGUCACGUGGUACCGGGACAAGGUGGCUCCAGGGAAGGAAGUGAAGAACGAAACCCCAGAGUUCAGGGGCCGCCUGGGCCCCCUGGCCUCUUCCCGGUUCUUCUACGACCACCAGGCUGAGCUUUGUAUCUGGCACACCUCAAGCCGUGAUGCGGGCGUCUACGUCUGCAGCGUGGAGGUGCUGGGCCUGGGCGUCGGCACAGGGAAUGGGACUCGGCUGGUGGUGGAGAGAGCCCCUCCUCCGCUAGAGACCAGCACAGUCCUCUUCCUCCGGGCUGGAUUCUACGCUCUCAGCUUUCUCUCUGUGGCCAUGGGCAGCACCCUCUAUUACCAGGGCAAAUGCCACUGUCACCUGGGGACACGUCGCCACUCUUGGAUGGCCUCUGAGGAGUGAUUCUAGACCCCUACCCCCCGCCGAUGCCCAGCCCUCUUCAAGAGACCCCAAUAAACCUGUCUCUGUCCAACCACUGACUCCCUCCUGUGAGUCUCGUGUGUUUUCUUCCCCGUUGUCCAGAUGCCCCAGGAUGCCUCUCUUCAGGUGCUGGCUCCUCACCCCCACCCCCUGCUUCCACGUCGGACCUGGAGGGGCCACGCAGAGAGCUUCCCAACAGUGGUGCCCAGAGGCCCCUCCCACCUCCUCUCCCCAGUCCAGGGGCUGAGGCUGGCGCUCCUGAUCUGACGGCUCCUACUCCAGUCAGGCCCCCUGAACAGCCCCCCCGACUCUUCUCUGGCCUGCAGGAGAGCCCAGGCCCUUCAGCAUCUUCCUUCACCCCAUAAACCACCACUUGCCCCCCACUGUGGAGGGUGGGCCGGGGAUCGCGCUGAAGGGGGGCGGGUGCUGGAGAGACGGACGGACGGAC